AUGUCAAAUAGUCUCAAGCUACAAAUUCAUUUUGGUGGUGGUGCCGAGUUAUUAUUUGAUAAAAUAAAAAAAAGAGAAGUGGAGUUGCCACCAUUAAAUAAAUAUUUUCCAGAUUGUAAUAGAGACGAAUGGACCAUAAAAGACCUUCUUAUUUGGAUAAAAGAUAAUUUAUUGAAAGAAAGACCUGAAUUGUUUUUGCAGGGCGACUCAGUCAGGCCGGGCAUCUUAGUGCUGAUAAAUGAUGCAGAUUGGGAACUUUUUGGUGAAUUAGAAUAUGUUAUUCAGAAAAAUGAUUCAAUUAUGUUUAUUUCGACACUACAUGGAGUUUUUGUUUCGGAAUUUGGUGGAUUGGACCAAUUUACGGUGAAACUUUUGAAGAGCUGUCAU